UGUGUUCUGUCUUUCAGACAAAAUUGAUUUGGCAGCCUGUCCACACGGAACAAAAUCUGUCGAAACAACGGGAAUUGGUCAAAACAGAAAACAGUUUUCUCCAUAUUAGGCACUCGGAAGGAUGGAUGCAGUUCCCGGACGAAAGCCACAAAUGGCAUCUGGAUCGGCGCCUGACCUCACCUACUGCCAGCCAUGCGCGGAGGACGGCAAGAAAAUCCUCCCUGAGGCCUUCUGUUCCGUCUGUAAGGAGUUCCUGUGUUCUAACUGUGCCCGAGUACACCGGAACCAGAAAAUAACCAAAACUCACGCCCUCCAGGACAAGGACAGUAUGCCUUCCUCAUUCCGCGAAGAGAGUGAAAAUGAAAAGUUUACAGAAACAUGUCAGCGUCAUGCUCAAGAGUUCAUAAAAUAUUACUGUCUUAAUCAUAAGACACUUCUGUGUGGAGACUGCUUGGCUGAAAAAGCUCAUCGCUCAUGCAAUAUUGAAAGGAUUUCUCAAGUUGCAAAACGGUACAAGGAGGGUGCAGAAUACAACAGCCUGAAAACAGGACUUGUCCAGACGGCCACUGACAUUGGCAAACUGUCACACAACAUACAGGUGAUCAUGAAAUCAGUUGACGAAGAAAGCCUUAACAAUAUCAAUGAGCUUCGCAAAUUUAGGACUGAAAUUAACCGGUACCUGGAUAAAAGGGAAAACGAACUCUUGGCAGACAUUGCUCAGAAGAAACGAACAUCUAAGACACUGCUAGAUGAACUGAAAUCAAAAUGCACAAACAUGAAAUCAUCCAUUGAGAAACUAAAGUCGGAGCUACAAGCACAGGACGACAAUAGCAACCAGCUAUUAAUAGUAGGAAAACGAGCUAUAAAAGAGCUGGCAGGUCUCCAGGCAGCCCUGGAAGAUGUGAGCAGGAGGAAUGAAGUUCCCCGAUACAAGUUUUACAGGGACCCCGAAACUGAGAAUUUAAUAGUUUCCGAAAAACCAAUAGGACGGUUGGAAGAGGACGAAUCAACGUCGGCGUUAGGGCAGCAACACCGACAACAGCAAAAGAAGCAGGAAAAACGGCAACAGGAGACGAUGCAACAACACCAAAAACAGAUGAAAGCUGUAUCCCAAAAAGGCGAAUCAACUUCGGCGGUAGGGCAGCAAGAACAAAAGGAGCAGCAGCCACGGCAACUAGAGACGAUGCAGAAACAACAAAAAUACAUGCAAGGUGUAUCACAGAAAGCCCACUUCAGCAGCAGAGCAGGCCUAAGCAAGGCCAUGUUCAGCAGGCAGCCUGACAUUUCAGUGAAGACAUCAGAUGAUAGCAGUGACUGCUGGCUGACCAAUAUGACCCUCCUGACCGGGGACAGUCUCAUACUGGUAGAUCACAAUAAUCACUCAUUGAAGCUGGUGGACACCAAGAAUAAAAAGCUGGUGUCCCAGGUGAAACUGCCAGGUGUGCCGUGGGACCUGUGUCACCUGCCCGGGAACAGGACAGCCGUCACUCUGCCUGGUUUGAAGAAGAUACAGUUCGUUUCUACGCAGGGAAAUGUCACGCUACAGGAUGUCGUUAAAGUGGAUGGACAAUGUCACGGAAUAGAUUUCUGUGAUGACAACUUGAUAGUGUGCUUCGCCGACCCAGGUAAGGUUGUGUUGAUGGACAUGAAAGGAAAGGUGAAGAAGAGUGCGGACAAAGACAGCAGUGGAGAACCUUUGUUUCAGUAUCCUUAUCAUCUGACAGUGACCAGAGAGAGCCAGAAUCCUCCAGUCAUAUAUGUCUCUGACAGGGGCACCAACACCAUAACCAAGCUGAGCAUCUCACUAGAGGUGCUCCAUACAUACCAAGACCCGAUACUCGAAUUCCCACGUGGUCUAACAGCCGUGGGGGACAACCAGCUGCUCGUGUGUGGGAGGGACAGUAACAACAUCCUGCUACUGGAUACGCUCACCGGCAAGAUAACCCAACUGUUGGGGAAGAAAGAGGGGAUAGAGAGUCUAUACAGUGUUGCUUACUGUUCACAGAAGAAGAUGAUGUUUGUGACCUGCUGGCAUCGUAACAGACCUGAAUUUGAGAAUUUCGUGAAGGUAUUCAACUUAGUAUAGAUCAAGUCUUCCAAUUUAUAUCAGUGAAAUUUGUAUCAGGUGUGAAGUAAUUGUAAUGUUCAAGAAUAAUUCUAAUGUAUAAUAUUAUACUGACAAUACGCAUAUACAAUGCUUUAUUUCACAUAUUGCGCGAUUCAAUUACUGUGGGAGUAUUUGACGGAAACUUGACUUUUAAAUUAUUUUGAAUUCUAACAGUUUUCAUUAGUGACAAGUCGUGUAGUAAUGUGUUAUUAGAAAAUAAUGUAUGAGAAUGUGUACUAUUAAUUGAAUUGUUAGUAGCUGAUUGUGUAUGAAAUAUACCAACAAGUUGGUUUCUUACUUGUGAAUGUUUAAUAAAAAAAUGUAAUUGUGUAAUAGAAUAAUUCAGAAUAUAGAUUAUAGAGUUAUAGACACGAUGUGUCAUUUUUUCAUGCAGUUUGUAUUUAGUAAAUAUGAUGUUUAUAAUGUGUUUAAUAUAUUGAAAUUAAACACACAUGUACGUUUCCUUAUACAUGUAUAUUGAAUGAAUAAUUCUAUAGACAUUGACCUUAGUGUGAAUUGUCCAAAACGAUGGAUUAAAUUAUUUAAACAGACAUUGACCAUAGUUAAAAUGGUUUCCUCAUAUAUUAAUUGAAUGAUUAAACAUACAUUGACCAAUGUGCAACUUGUAACUAAUGUUAAAAAGGGUUUAUAUUGACUCGCUCAUGUUUUUGGACCAAAACACAUUUCCCAAGUAAUGCAUCUGAACUGAGUUAUCGUAGUAUUAGUUAACUGUUUGAAACCUUAAUUACAGCAAAAGAUAUAAUUAAAGUAAAGUCAAAUCCCGUUGGCUCGAACUCGCUUGGCUCGAAUUCCUUGUUAGCUCGUACUGAUGUAAACGACCGAUUUCAUUUUACUGAGGAAAGCAUACCGCUUGGCUCGAAUUUUUCGAGGCUCGAGGUAUUUUCGACGGUCCCUGGGGGUUCGAGCCAACGGGCUUCGACUGUAUAAAAAGAAAUUCUGGUCUUAUUUGGCAGCAUAAUUAAUGUGAACCCCCUUCCGCUGGCACAGUCCAAAUAUUUUUAGAAAAUCGAUAAUUUGGCCACUCGAACUCAUUCACAAGUUUCUGGAUUUUCGAACCUUUCCUUAAUUAAUUGAAAGCUUCGCGUGAUAAUAUCAAUCAACCAAUCUCACAACAGCCUUUAACUGAUUUGUAAGUGUGUGGAAAUCGUGGAAUUCAAAGACAAUUCGUUUACUAGUAUAUAUCAAUAUUUGUUUAAGAGGUGCAGCUGUCAUAGUUUUAAUUGACGUUCAAUAUAAAAUAUAUUUCAUUAUUUUUGUAAAUUUGCCAGAAGGAAGUGUCAGAUUUGUUUUCGCAUUUUUGCUAAAAUAACUUAUACAUGCGUCGUCGGUGGUUAGUGCUAAAGGAUGCUAUCUGACACCAUACGAUUUCUCACAUCGAGUGAUACAUUUGGCGCAUCUCGACUACCGAUAUUUCAUCAUAAAGUCAUGGAAAUUGCUUUAGAGAUGCCUGAAAUAAGUUAUAUAACGGUAACAUUACCAAAUUUAAAAUCGUGGGUAAAUUAUCUAGAUUACGGAAGAUAAGAUGUGUGCCUUUGGAUAAUUGUGCGUUUCUUUACGCCCAUCGACUGACAUUAGUGUGAACAUGUCUUCGUUAAAUGCUUGGCACUUCCUAUAUUUUUGUGUACUAUUUU